AUGGGAUGCCUUUCUUCAAAACUUAUUAUAGCAAGAUCAAUCAGUUACCAUGAAGAGAGAAAUCAAAGAUCCAAUAGUGUUCCUUUGCUUGAAGAUUUAAUCAGCUCAACUAGUGGUAAUGGUGACCACUACCUUUCUCUUCUCUGCACAGCAAACAAAGUAUCCAAUAAUUUGCAUUCUAAGAGCUUAAGCUCCAACACUAGUUCAAAAAUUUCUAUUGAGCCAGAAAGUUCUGAGGUUAUUGAGAAGUUGGAACAGGAGAAUUUAUCUGGUUUUGAAGAAAAAGAUGACUUGGGAUCUAAGGAUGCUCUAGGUAAUAGGAGUUUUCACACCGUUGAAGAAUUUGAUGAUAUGGUUAAUAGAAUUUGGUUGAAGGAAGCCCAAAUUGUGCGACCAAGUGAGUUUAAUAAUGAAGAAGAUUAUGAUGAUGGUUCAAUAAUCAAAAUGGACAUUCAGGAUCAAGAUUCUUCUUCCAUCGAGAAAAUGCAAGCAUUAUGGUUAACCAAGAAUGAGGAAGUGUUUCAAAGUCAUAAAACAAGAAUGCUUGAGAAGGGAAAUAAGAGGAAGGCUAUAGCAAAUAGACUAGAAUCUCUUAGAAUUCCAUCCAAUAUUGAAUCUCCAGCCAAUGCUAGUCUUAAAGAAUGGCUUCCUGCAGAUGGAAUCUACUCUCCUGGAUCCUAUGUUACGCCAAAAUUUGGAAGCUAUUCUUCAACAAACAUUCGGAAUGAAAGUGAAUCUAACGAGGAUUCUAUAUUUAGUCCAGAGUUAGUAUCUGCUUUUGAACAGUGUAUGCAAAAGCUUGAAGCAGAGGAAGAAAACAUUUUGAAACAAAUUCUAGAGACUGUGGGAGAAGAAGAAAUUGAUGAAGGAAUCAUGCAGACCUAA